AUGUCAACUGGAGAUGGCACGAAUUCGCUGGUCCACGUCAGCAGCAGCAGGCCCGACGUGUGGUGGUCCUUCCCUGACAACAUCGCCAAGAGACUGCCGUUGCCACCCGGCCGCUGGCAGAGAAUAGAGGUGAGCGACAGCAGUCUGGCGGGCAUAGGAGGGGCGGCUGUGGGACUGCCUGAUACCAUACUGAGCUUCUCAGAUGUGCUGCUUCUCAAAUUGGCCAUGGGAGGGGAUCAAAUGGAGGUAGGCAUGUUUGGUGGGGGUGGGGGUGGGGGAACGGGUAUAGGAAGGAAGGGGGGCUCUGAGUUUGAGGCCGCCAUGCUGAGCUUCUCAGACAUGUUGCUCAUGCAGGGCAAGCGUGCCGUGCCCGUUGGGGGUGGUCAAGUGGAGGGCCUGGAAGCAGCGGCAGCCUUUGUGACACGCCUGCUGCCCUCACUAGUCGACUCGCGCACUGUUGCUCCACACACACAGAACUUGGAGUUUGGGCAGCAGUAUGAGCAAGAACCUGGGCAUGAGCACCGGCAGCGGCUGCAGCAUUUCCAGCAGGACUGUGGGAGCGAUGUGAGGGUGGUGGGCGACGAGAGGAUGGGCGAUGUGAGGGGGGGCGAUGCUGCAGGAGCAAGGAGAAUGGAUUCUUCAGAGCAGUAUGACCCCGUGGCUUGCCUGAAAUCACUUUUGAGAAUUCUCAAAAGUGAUUUCAAGGAGAAUGGAUUCUUCAGAGCAAUAUGA